UUACCACUAUCUGGUUUUCAGGCAUAUUCACUAAUAUAGUAUAGUAAACAAACAGAAAUAUCUUGAAUUUCCCAGUCAUUUAUCAGGUUUUGACUAUUAGUCAUUUGGGACAUGGCUAAUAAACAGCAAAAUCCUGUUGCAAAACUUUAUCAAACCGUCAUAGAUGAUGUCAUUUCCAAUGUAAGAGAAUCUUUUCUGGAUGAUGGAGUUGAUGAACAAGUCCUUCAAGAGCUCAAGCAAAUAUGGGAAAGUAAGCUUGUUCAAACGAAGGCUGUUGAUUCGCCUGUAGUUGGAGAUAGGACACCUCGUCCCCAAAUGUAUACUUAUAUGGCGCAACCAGGUCAAGCCGGCCAGCCUGGACAACCUGUCAUGUAUCAAACCGUUCCAGCGCAGCUCUCAGCAGCAUCACAACAGGCUAGACUUGCUAUUCCAGACAGAGUUGUUUACCAACAAGGUACAAAUAUUGUCCUUCCAACACAAGGCCAACAAAUAUAUCACACACCUUACCAGCCUGUCACUGUUCUCCAACAGUCAAACCUCCAGGUCCCACAUCAACGGCUACCAGGCCAGACACAGACGACCAUCGUCCUGGCUCCAACUUCAUCUCAAGCUGGCGUAUCUGGUCAGCAGAAAUCAGCAUCUACUGGAAAAUCAAAUCCAUCUGCAAUUAUCCAGGUUGACGGAAGCAAAGAUUCUUCAUCCGAUGAAGAAGGUCCAUCUACCUCCAGCUCAAGCACUACCAUCUCUAAAUCUAAUGUAAAAUUAUUUCCAGUGAAGAAAAAAAUACUCCAAUCUGGGAGGAAGAAAAGGGGGAAAGUGAUUCUACAAGUAGAUGGUGGUAUCGAUUCCUCAUCUUCAGAUGAGGAUGUUGAAGAUGAUGAUGAUGACGACGAUGAGGAGGAUGAUGAAGAAGAAGACACUCAGGAAGAGGAGGAAGAAAAAGUAGAUGAAGAGCCUCUUUGCUCCGCUGAUGAUGACAGUGAUCAGGACGCUAGUGAACUCUUUGAUACUGAUAAUGUAGUUGUGUGCCAAUAUGAUAAAAUCCAUAGGGCCAAAGCUAAAUGGAAAUUUAAUCUCAAAGUUGGCAUAAUGAACUUGAAAGGAAAAGAUCGCGUCUUCCUAAAAGCUAAUGGCGAGGCAGACUGGUGAACUUAUUAAAUCAUAUCACAAUGUUAUCGCUUCAUAAAUAGACUAUUGCUCAUGUUGCUACAUUAAGUUUCGAGAAAGUGUCUCAUUAUGAAUAUUUACAGAAACACAAUUUUAUAUUAUGGCCUAUUAAAACAGGCUCUCACUAGAGGUGGGUGAGACUUAAAAUCAAAAUUGUCUGAGAAUUCCAUUGAGUAUGAAGUCAUCAGAUUCGGCAACAAGAUCAUAAGCGUGCCAAUUCCCAUAUUAGAUGACAAAUUUAUUCAAAUCAUAGUCAUUUAUGUUAAGAAGGUUUAUUAUCCCUCCUCUAGAAAUAAACUAUGAUUAAUCAUUGAGCAGUUUUACAAUAAUUACUUACUUACUAGGUAUAUAUGACAUUGAGCAAUUGUAAUUAUGCACAUCAUGGAUCAAUGUUGGCAGUGGGGGAUAUGUUUCGAGUUUAUAGCAGAACUUCUUGAAUGUUUAGUUUUGCCAAGCACGUGUUGUAGAUUGGCUGCAUUAUGCAUUUGCCAUACAGCUAUUUGAAUGUCACGCAACCUAUUGGUUACUGUGGGGGGGGUGAUUUUGUAGCACUAUGUUUUUCACUUUAAUCUCCAAAUUGUAAUAUCUUUAAAUCCUUGAGAGCAAGUGGAAAUGAGCCUCCAUAUUUAUUCUGACCAGAAUUUCAUUGUAUUAUCACUGGACAGCAAACAAUUGAAAUGGCAUCUGGAAGUUUCACAUUAUGAGGAAUGGUGAAUGUGUUUAAUAUUCAUGAUCAUGUGCCUUCGGUGCUUGUAUUUUAUUUAUUUUUUGUUGUGUUAUCAUAAGUCUGCGGCAGGUGUUUUGUCCCUCGAGGUUAGAUACCCCAUGUGUUGUUCAUUUCUUAGGAAAAUAUAUGAUAAUAUUUAUAUUUCCAUAUUAGUUACCUUCGUUACACUGCCAUUUAAUGUAAGUUUGGCCCAUAAAUUAGUGAUAUCUUCCUUUUGAAAUGCCCAUUUUACAUUAAAGUGUUUAAAACUAAAAGUGGUCUUAUUUGGCUAAAUACUGGUUUUCAUUGGUAUGGGGUUAGGUAUAUGUUUUACAAUCCCAAAUUGCAGUAUUUAUACAUCUCUUAUCAACUUCAUUAAAUAAACGAUUGGAUGCCUAUCCUGCCAUCUACAUAUCAAAAUAUCCAACUACCUGUGAGAUAUGUAUAAAAUGAUGAGGUAAUAGAAAAUGUUUUUAUAAGCUAUAAUUUAUCAGUAACUGAAUUUGAUUCAAAACAAUCAGAUAUAAGAAUUAUUUUCUUUUUGAAAACUUGAUUGUUGGUGACCUGUUUUUUAUAUUAUAUUUAUAUGUUAGUAUUCAAACCCAAUGAAUCUGCUUUCACCUGCAUUAACUGUGGCUGUAUGAAUUUUAGGCAAAAUAUACUAACACCACUUAAUUUAGGGAUUUGAAAUAUUAUUUUACAAUAUAUAUUUUAGCUCCAUUUUUCUGACCUGCCUGUAACUGAAAGUUCUGUGUGCAUUGAAAAAUUCCCAUACAAGAUAUUUAUCUUACAUAUGUAUCUUCCACCCACUCCUUUUCUGUAAUAUAAUUUUUGUGUUGUGAAAUUAUGAAUCUAGCUAGUCAUUAUUGCUUAUCGUUUUCUGGCAUGGAUUGGUUUUUUAACUGAAUAUGCAAAUGAAUAUGAAAAAGCUGAGUGAUGGGUUCUUAGUGUUAAAUGUGUAUAAAAAAAACUUUAGAUUUGCUAGGUAAUUCUAAGCGACCGAUUUGAUUCUGUUAUUAAGCGACUAUUUGGUUGUAUUGGUGCGGCAUAUUUUAAUAUCAGAGUACUUUGCCUGCUAACAUUUUUGCUAGUGAAAUUAAUUCUGUCCAUAUUAGACAUACAUGAUUAUCAUUGUGGUAACUAUUUUCUUGAAUAUUGCUCAUAUCUAGGCACUGAACAAGUAAAGGCUGCAAAUCAGUUUUGUCUGCAAGUGCUUUUUUAUAUGAAAGUAUUUAUUUUUACGAAGAAAAAGCUUGCAAUGCCAUUAUUCUAUCCCACACGAGGUGAAAAUGUUUGAUUUCUUUCAUUUGUUUAUUGAGGAGCAAUACGAGGAAAAUUUCUACUUAUUGUGCUCUAUUACAAAUCACUUAUCAAUCUUGUGCAUUUUCUAGUAUUUGACUAUGACAAAUUUUCUUUUAGA